CAUGCUGCGUUGUGGGUAAACGGUGACUGGCUGACUGAUUUAUAAAUAAUAAUGAGUAGUUAUUUAUGAUGCAAGGUGAUUUGUAAAUUAGUCAGUCAGCAGUCAGCAGCCACCUGCACUGUCGGCUGCAAUGUCGAACGAGCCCAAUUCCAAACCAAUCAGGUGUUCGACGAAAUGAUUCUUCAGACGUCGUUGAUCACGUGCUGAUGAUAAAGUGACACUCCUUUGAAUUAUACCGCUUAGCGACUUCAGUACAUGCCUCAUAGCUCCAGUCUCAAACUUAACCCCGUUCCUGCUGAAGAAGAGAAGAUCUGCUGGAUGGAGAAAGAAGCUCUCGUGAAAGAGGGGGAGGAGGAAGAGGAGGCUGUUAUACAAAAACAAGUAGAAAAUGAGGCUGUUACCGUGAAAGAAGUAGCGAAAGACGUUACAGAGGAAGAGGAGGACGAAGACGUUUCAGUGAAAGAAGAGGAGGGUGAGAUGACUGUCACAUCGAAAAAUGAAGAGGACGAAACUGGCUAUCUGGUCCCGGUUUCCCAAACGCAUCUUCAGGCAUCCGGUUCUAAAGAUGAACGGAACACUCGAGAGAGACGUGACUAUUGUGGAUCCUCUGGGGGGCCUCAACAACCUCAUGAUGCUGAUGAGGCAGAGCAGAGUCUCUCCACGUCAAAACACCUCAAGAAACACCAGCAGAGACCCACAGGGAAGAAAUCUCACUUCUGCUCUGACUGUGGGAAAGGUUGCACAUCUUCAUCAGAACUUAAAAUACACCAGAGAACACACACAGGAGAGAAAUCUUAUAGCUGUGAUCAAUGUGGGAAGAGAUUUUCAACAUCUAGCCAGCUGACUCUACACCAGAGAACACACACAGGAGAGAAAUCUUAUAGCUGUGAUAAAUGUGGGAAGAGUUUUACUCAGCUAAACAACCUGAUGGUACACCAGCGUACACACACAGGAGAGAAACCUUAUAGCUGUGAUCAAUGUGAGAAGAGUUUUCCUGCAUUUAGCCAGCUGACUUCACACCAGAGAACACACACAGGAGAGAAACCUCAUAGCUGUGAUCAAUGUGACACUCUGAUAAAAGAUCUCUGAUCAAACAUCAGAAAAUACAUGAAGAAGUUGUUUCAUGAUAUCAAUGAAAUGAUGUCACAAUGUAGAAUGUUUUAACAUUGUAGAAGGAGUAUUUUAAUGAUGUUCUACCUUAUCGUUUGCCCUGUUCAAUUGAUUGCAGCAUGAUAUGGAUAUUAGCCUCAAGGGAAAAUCCAGGCUCUGAAUUGAAAGAGUAUUAUUUAACAAAAAGUGACAAACAAAAAAAAGAGCUGUGUUACACUUACUGCGUUGGUGACCCACUUUAAUCAAAAUGCAGCACUUCAAAAUGUAGCUAGCUGUUUUCUACAAGUUGAAAAAGCUGCUUGUUUAAGAAAAUACAUGUAAUAUGAUCAUUGUUGCAGAUGUUUGUGUAUAUACACACAUGAAAGCAGUAUAAUAAAUUGGUCUAUAAUCAAUUUUAUUAACAAUCUGACAUCACUCCAGUAUUUCUUGACAACAAUCAAAUGCUAAUUGUCUUUAUUCCACUACUGAAGAAGCAUGACUCAAAUCACCUCAUACUUCAAACAUUCAGCCUGACAAAAGAUACAUGUUUUAUUAUUCCAUGCCUCACCAUUAAGUAAUUAUUGCCAAUACAUAUUAACAAAGGGGUGUACAUUUGGUUUUGAUAUUUCAUAUUUACAAUUAUGUAACUUUUUGUAAUCAUAAUUAUUUAUGCAACCAGCUGACCAUUUUUGGGUACAAUUAUAUUGACAAUGUUGCCCUGCUUUUAGAAUAUCAGGGUUCAUUCUCAGAUGUGCUAACCCAAAUGCAUGACAUUGGGGACUGGGCCCCGAUCAAACAACAUGCCUAUCGAGUGAACCCUGAAAAGAGAAAGAGAAGUUAGGUGGAAAGUUACUACGGAUAUUGCAGGAGUUGGUUGCUGAUUGUCUCAAGGGUGGGCAGUCAAUAAGUUUUGCGUUUAGCCAGUGCGUUGCCAUAGAUCACUAUUUAUUUUGACUGCACGUUUUUCCGUAUUGGAGACAAGUUUUUUGGGGGCUCGUUCCAAGGGGACGAGAGUUCUAGAAGCUAGUGGGUUUUAGGAUUCUUUUGAAAGAAAAAGGAUUUAAAAAAUAAUACUAUUGUAUAUUAUUAUUUAGAAAUGUGUUUAUUCUUGUUUUUAAUUGUUGACAGCCAGUAGACACCAUGUUUAUAUUGUAGAAGCAUUGUAGUUGAUUAUGUGAAAUGAAGUUAUUUUCUGUUGGUGGUGAGCAAACAUGUCCAACAAAAAUUUAGGAUAUAUUUGUUGUCUAAAGGGGGAAGGUGUUACAGGCUUUGGUUUUUCCAUUUAUGUUUUGAGGUUGGAUUUCAGCACGUCUAGCUCGUUAGCACGUAGGACGCACUGAUUGGUGUCACCUUGUUAGUCAGUAUGUGUUACACCUGUGCUGGCUUGUCCAUCUCGUUAGUGGGAAGGUGUUUCACCUGAGCUGGUCCAGUUUCUUUUUAAGAGUGUCUGGCCCAGUGCUCCAGUUGUCUUGAUAGAUGUGGAGAGUCAACACCUUUAGUUGCUCCACCUUUUCUGUUUGCUUCCUGUCUUUAAGUUUGGUGUGGGUUUAUCUUGGGCAGAUUUAGUGGGUCUCAUGGUGGGUGUCUUUUAGGUCCCAGUUGUUGUUACUAGUCAACUUCCAGUGGACACCCCCAUAGUGUAUUUCAGAGCCCCUCCUAAAAAACAAGCCUAUAUUUUUGGUUGGAUAUUGCAUCUAAUCAAUGGAAUUUCCUUAAUGUUCAUUAGUCUUUCAGUUGUCAGCCUUCUGUUUUUUAUCCUCAUACUAAAUAUUUAUUUUCAUAGUUUUUUCCUGUGAAACCAUUGAGUUGCAUCCAUGUUUUAAAUGUGCUGUAUAAAUAAAGCUUGAUUUGAUUUGAACAAA